UUCAGUUUGCUUCCUCCGCCUCCGUCUGCCUUUCUUCUUCUCUCUUCUCUUUCGGCGCUGCUCUGUUCUCUCAACCAUGGGUGGUGGUUCUAAGUGGAUCAGGCCUGAGGUCUGGCCUCUUUUUGCUGCAGUUGGUGUCGCUGUUGGGAUCUGCGGUAUGCAACUGGUUAGAAAUAUCACCACCAAUCCUGAAGUCAGGGUAACCAAAGAGAACAGAGCUGCAGGAGUGCUUGAUAACUUCUCAGAGGGUGAGAAAUACGCAGAUCAUGGCCUGAGGAAGUUUGUCCGCAGCAGGGCCCCUGAGAUCAUGCCAUCCAUCAACAAGUUCUUCUCUGAUCCAAACUAAUACACUUCCCAAAAACUUUCCCUCCAGCCUACACAAUUGACAUGGAGACUAGUUUUUGGUUUUUUUGAUUUAGUGAAUUGAGGAAAAGGACCAUUCAAUUAUUGCUUAUGGUUAUUCUUCUACAGAUGAAAUACAUGAGGGUUGAGUUGUGCAAUUUGCAUCUUGGCACCACACAACUGAUUUGUUGAAUAAUAAAUUGACGUACUUUGCAUUGGCAAAUGUCUUCCAUGAACA